GCUCCGGCCCGGGGCGCGGGGCCGCUCCGCCGCCGGGGGCUGCACAGGCAGAUGUGCCAAGUCCAGCUGAAGCCACUGUGGGUGUGAGGAAGGCAGUGCAGCACCAUGACUGUGGCACAGGGGGUUCUCCUCCGCCCCAUCACCAUGGGACUGCUCCUGCAGAGCCUCUUCCUCCUCCUCCUCCUCCUCCUGGGCUCCUGCCUCCACCCAGCCACUGCCUUCCCCAAGGGCUGCUACCCCUCAGAAGAGGAGGGGCUGAAGACCUUUCGCUGCAGCAACGCUCAGCUGACCGAGGUCCCCAGGGACAUCCCCAAUGACACCAACAAGCUCUACCUGGACUUCAACCAAAUCCCCUUCCUGCCUCGCGAUGCCUUCCGGGACCUGCCACUCCUGCUGGAGCUGGAUCUCUCCCACAACGCCAUCGCCAGAAUUGAAACUGGGGCUUUCCAGGGCCUGGCAGAGCACCUGCACUCUCUGGACUUGUCUUCCAACAGGCUGGUGUCGGUCAGCAAAGACGCCUUGAGCAACCUGAAAGCCAAGGUGAACCUGUCCAACAACCCGUGGCUGUGCGACUGUCGGCUGCAGGAGCUGAUGCGAGCGGUGGAGCUGGCGGCCGACUCCUCGGGGGGCAUCGUGUGCGACUCCUCCACGCAGGAGGAGCACGUGGGCAAAGCUUUCCUGCAGGUCAUCGCCGACACAGACCUCUGCAACGUGUACAAGAAGACCACGGACAUCGCCAUGCUGGUCACCAUGUUCGGCUGGUUCGCCAUGGUGAUCUCCUACCUGGUUUACUACGUGAGGCAGAACCAGGAGGACGCCCGGCGGCACCUGGAGUAUCUCAAGUCACUGCCCAGCAAGCAGCGGCGAUCGGAGGAGUCGUCCACCAUCAGCACUGUGGUGUGAGCACCAGCAUCCUGCAGGACAUGGGCACGUGUGGAGCUGGGGACCGGCCACUCCAGGGGCUGUCAGCAGCCACUGGCAUCGCACAGAGAUACUCAUGGAUUUGUUCUGUUCUCCUCCUGGAAGCAGCA